UACACUAGUUUAAUAAUCAACAUAUAAAGUGAAAUUAUCGUAAUAAAGUGCUAACACACCCAAAAAUGAACCAAGCCGAAGUGGUCAAGCUGAUGUCACAGCUGAAGGUUGCGAUCCGGCCCCGUCAUCGAAACUUGAAAAACAUCGACGGACCGGAAGGGCGGCUCGACAAGCUUCGCAAAACCGUGACAGCGCUGAUCAAACACGAACGGAUCGAGCUGAACUACCAGCGAGCGGAUGAAGCGCGGGGCUACGCCGAGCGGCUGAUCUCCGAUGCCAUCCGGUACGGGGAUUGCCACAAGCCGACGAUGGAAAUAGCCGACUAUUGGCUGACGGAGAAGCAGCUGGUGCACAAGCUAUUCAAGGUGCUGGCGCCCAGGUUCGAAGAGUACAAAGUGUCCGCCACGCGGAUGUACAAGGCACCGAAAGAAUAUCUCGGCUGGUAUCGGAAGCGCGCGGUACUGGAGCUGCGGGGGAAUCCGUAUCCUUCGCUGGUGCAGAAUUUGUACCAGAAUCGGAAUUUACUGCACAAUGUUUUGCUGGACGAUGCGCGCAAGGAUUUCCGCAAGGAAAAGUACGCGGAAAUUGCGGCGCAGAUUGGCGAUCAGGUAGAGCAAAACACGACAUCUUUUGAAACGGAUGUGUUCGGUGAACCUUCUAUGGAGCCAAACAACCCUGAAAGUGCAGAGCUCAUCAGAGGUCAGCAUGAUGAAGGUGCUCCGGCUGACUACGAAACACUUACUGAAUCAACAGAACUAAUGGAAGAACAGGAGAACAUCCCGCCUCUACCGCAGGAUACCAAAACGGAGGAUGGAAAGAUGAAGCUUAAGAGGAGUGGUACCAAGCGCCUGUUGACUGGUUCAGAUUCUGAUCCGAACCUUUGCCAAGCCAAAAUCGGCCGAUGGGACCAAAACGCCCGUAACAAAAUGUCAAAAAUUUGA